AUGGCAUACUUUGAGUUUCUCCCUGUGGAUAAAGAUUGGGAAGAGAAGGCUCGAGAAUCCAAUCUUGAUGGUGUUUCAAGCCAAUGGUUGUCGGAAAUGACAAAUGUAAAUGGAAAUGUUGAACCUGUUGAUUUUGCAAAUGUGAAACUUGGUCAAUAUUACGAGGUUGUCGUCACAACUUUGACGGGCCUGUAUCGAUACCGAGUUGGAGACGUUCUCAAGUUAACCGGUUUCCAUAACAACUCUCUGCAGUUCCAAUUUGUCGAACGACGGAAUACUGUUUUGAGUAUUGAUAUGGACAAACCAAGCGAGGCAGACCUCUUGAAGGCCAUCAGGAACGCAAAACGCCAUCGUGAACCACUUGGUUUCGUACUGAUGACAUUCAGUAGCUAUGCGGAGACUUCAUCGAUACCAGGCCGGUAUGUAUUGUUUUGGGAACUCAAGUUCAAAGAAAGGAAUAGAUGCCUAAAACUUGAUGCCAAGAUAAUGGAACAAUGCUGCUCCAUAGAAGAAGAAUCAUUGAUUUCACAUAUAAGUGCCUUAGAGAGGCUAAUAAAAUUGCAGCAUUAG